GAAGUGAACGCAAUAACGCAAUCAUUACAUACACUGUCUGUAAGAUCACUGCAUUGAGUCGUAUAUCCUCUCCAUGGAUACGCUGUCAGAAGACGACAACUUUGAGGCCUUGUCUCUACUCAAUGAACAAGUGUUGGCCGAGUCUGAGGCCAACCCAUUGACAAAAAAGAGCAACAAAUCACUUCCACUCCUGGACUUCAUCUCCAACUAUAAGAGUCGUAUAUCAAAGGACAGCCUCUCUUGUGUCGGGCUUUCCAUUUCAUUGAUCCGAAAGUUGCGUCAAAUGUAUCCAAAGUUGAGUCGUUCUAUAGCUUUGGUGUCUUGUGAAGAAUCUGUUAAAGAUACCGGUGCUUACAGCAUGCAAUCGCCCAAUAAUGUCAAAGAACACUGUCUGGUCUGCGUUCGGAUCACUAUUGAGUAUAAGAGGUCGGGAUAUGUUCUAUUAGAUCCAGGGUAUCACGUGGCACGUCCGGUGGUGGUCAUGGAAGACAUGGUAUAUCCGAACACUUCUUGGUUUAUGAGUUCGUCUAAUCCAAAAGUGGUCAAAGAAUAUUGCUAUCAACUCAUUGACCAUCAAUUUAUCGGAUGGAAAGUUAGAGAAACGCGAAAUGGAUGUCUUGACGAAUGGAUGAAUUUAAUAUACGUUAAGAGACAGUUCGCUAAAUGUCUGACCAUUACUGAGAAGCGAUCCCUUAUAUAUUCACUGAAAUCACUGGUCAUUCGCAACCGGAAGGGGCCGGUGGCUGGACUGUACUCUUGGAUUGAAAGCAAAUGUCUGACCCUUUUCUUUGAAAGAGACAAUGGAAAGAGAGUACAGAAAAAGAUAGACAUCAAUCAGAUCGCAAAUGAGAAUAUAGACGAGUGGUUAGAAAGAAUCAUACAUUUGAUGGGCACUGGAGAUGGAGAUGUGAAAGAAAAGGUCAAACAAUUGAAUCAAAUGCUCGUCACAUUCAAAGAGGCG